UGCUCUUCGGUCACCAUUUUGGGAGAUUUUCUGGUAUUUUCUGUAAAUAAUCGCUUUUUUUCUGUUUGUAAAGAAAUGGCAGUCUCAACUGGUGAUGCAGAAGUUGAUUCUAAAGUCGAGGAAUGGCUGAAUUGGGAUAAGAAUGAGAAGACACAUGCUGAGAUAGCUAGUCUGGCACGGAAAGGAGAUGUGAAGGAACUCCGUGCCAGGUUGUGUUCAAGGUUGGAAUUUGGAACAGCUGGCCUGCGUGGACGUAUGGGUGCUGGUUACUCUCGCAUGUCGGACGUGACUGUCAUACAGUCAACCCAGGGACUCCUUAGACAUGCCCAAAACGUUUGUCCUGAUCUAAAGAAGAGAGGCUUGGUUGUUGGAUAUGAUGCAAGACACAACAGUCACCGGUGGGCUCUGAUGACAGCAGUGAUCUUCCUGAAUGCUGAGAUUCCAGUCUAUCUCUACUCAGAAAUAUGUCCAACACCAUUUGUGCCAUAUGGUGUGUUACAUUAUGGAUGUGAUGUCGGUGUCAUGAUCACAGCCUCCCACAACCCAAAGGAAGACAAUGGUUACAAGGUCUACUGGUCAAAUGGUGCUCAGAUCAUUCCUCCUCAUGAUUCAGGAAUUGCAGAAUGUAUCCUACAGAAUCUUGCACCAUGGCCAAACUCGUGGAACAUCUCAGCUGUUGAAUCACACCCUCUGCGCUCAGAUCCCUACAAAGAAACCAUGAACUGUUAUUUUGAAGAUAUUGGUAAACAGCUUUGUAAACACAGGGAUGCUAAUGCAGAGUCACCUCUCAAAUUCACUUACACAGCGAUGCAUGGAGUGGGUCACCGCUUUGCCCAAGAAUCAUUCAGAACAUUUGGCUUCAAACCAUUCAUACCAGUGAAGGAGCAGGUUGAGCCUGAUCCAGAGUUCCCCACGGUCAAGUUUCCUAAUCCAGAGGAAGGCAAGAGUGCUUUGAAUCUGUCAAUCAAGACGGCUAAUGAGCAUGGCAGUUCCAUCAUUCUAGCUAAUGACCCGGAUGCUGACCGUCUUGCUGUUGCUGAAAAACAACCCAGUGGUGAUUGGAAGGUUUUUACGGGAAAUGAAACUGGGGCAUUGUUUGGCUGGUGGUUGCUUACCUGUCAUCGAAAUAGUGGCAAAGAAGCAGCAGCUGAUGUCUACAUGUUGUCCAGUACGGUUUCCUCAAAGAUUCUAAAGACACUGGCAGAAAAGGAGGGAUUCUCUUUUGAGGAAACGUUGACAGGAUUUAAAUGGAUGGGGAAUCGCGCCCAUGAGCUCCUAAAAGAGGGCAAGGAAGUACUCUUUGCAUUUGAGGAAGCUAUAGGCUUUAUGUGUGGUACAGUUGUGUUAGACAAGGAUGGUGUGAGUGCCAUGAGCUGCAUGGCCGAAUGUGCCACAUAUCUUCACGCACGAGGUCUCACCCUGACGCAGCAGUUGAAUCUGCUAUACAACAAGUAUGGCAUCCAUAAAACUUCCAAUUCAUAUUUCCUGUGCUAUCAUCAGCCAGUUAUUGAGCGGAUAUUUGAGAGAAUAAGGAAUUUAGAGGGCCCUGGAAAGUACCCGAGCAGAUGUGGGCGUUUUGAGAUCAAGUAUGUGAGAGACUUGAUGACAGGAUACGACAGCAGUGAAAAUGACCUCAAGGCAUGCCUUCCUGUGAGUUCAUCCAGUCAGAUGCUUACAUUCACCUUUGCAAACGGUUGUGUGGCAACCAUCAGAACAAGUGGCACUGAACCCAAAGUGAAAUACUAUACAGAGUACUUGGCACCUCCGAGCCUGGAUGAAGCAUCGGUCGAAAAGGAAUUGAAGGAAAUGGUAGAGAAUAUCGUUGAUGUGUUCCUGGAGCCUGUCAAGAAUGAACUGGUGCCAAGAUCCGAGUAAUGUCAGCCAAAAGGACACACAGACGCAGACGAUUUUUGUGGAUUGUUAUCUGGAGCAUAUUGCUGGAGGGUGGUGGUGUCAAACACUCCAACUCGAACCCUUGUCUGGUCACUGCUAUCUCCUUGAAGGUCAAACACAAUUAAGUGAUGUGCAGAGGCAGCUCCUUGGACCCCCAGUGCCUCUUGUGAGAGCUGUUUGAAAGUCCAUUGGUAACGGUUAUGUCGGCAUCAUUUUGGGCUCUGCAGGGUGGCAAAUUGCUGGUCUGAUUCUUUGAAAUUUGGUUUAAAUAAGUGUUCGUCACAAAACCAUACAGGAUUUUUUCAUUUUAGUAACAUAGUAACAAAAAUUUUUGUCUUUGUGUACAUUGACAUAGUGCAUUGAUUUUGGGCAUUUUCUGCUCUGUACUGUUUAUUUCUCGACCAAUUUGGAUGAAUCGCUGAGGUUAUUAUUUUUUGCGUCCAUCUACUCAUGUGACAAGAAUAAACAAGAAAAACCCAGAAACAAAAUAUGGCCUAUUCAGGAGACCCUUAUAAUGACCAUUUGGUUUUAUAUUACUGAAGAAAAUUUUCUGCACUGACAAUGCAGAACCCCUAAAAUCCUGUUUUGAGUGAUCAAAGAAAAAGCAAACUUCAAAGUUAAUCGACAAGUAGAUUGCCCCCAGAGCCCCAAACGAUGCGAAAAAAAACUUUAUGAAUGGACUGAAGUGUGGUUGUUGUAAGUGCUGUGAGAUUGACUUAGGUCAGUACUCAAGCCAAAAUAGCCAUAAUUAUUGAUAGUUUCUGUGCAUAUCUCGGUAGUCAGACACACUGAAUAUUUUUGGUCCUUCAUGCACAGCCAAUUAUUGCCAUAUCUAUUUAUAAACUUUAUGUGAGCAGCUAAUGUGUUUUAUUCAUCUUCCAAAAUUCCAGUUGAUUUUGCUAAUUAUAGGCCCCAGAUCCCGUCUGGGGACUAUAUUGAUAUCACUGGAAUUCUCGAAACUGUUAUUUUCUUCCACCAACACAUUUAUUGCGGUAGUCCAGCAAAACGGCUAAAUAAACCAGAAAUCAAUCACCCUUACACCACCAAACCCAAUUCCAUCUAUGGACUAUCGCAAAAGUAUUUAAAAAAUCCUGAGUAUUUCGAUACUUUUGAAGCAUUUUUUGCUGAGAUAUCGUCUGAUCGACUUCUCCCAACAUGCCGAAGCCGCGAUUCAAUCUGACAUGCGCUGUGACAUGCGCAGAGGCGAGACGCUGAUGCAUUAGCAUAAGCUCCGCCCCAUCAUAAUGACGUCAUUAUUCUCAGGAGUUGGUCGAGCGAUGGGACGAUGGAGGUAGCUGGAGUCAGUAUUGUUUUCGCUCAGGUUUCUCGUACAAUUACGUGACCUCUCCAACACUUGAUAAUGCACUCUUUUCGUCCACGUUUUAGGCCAAUCCAUGAAAUCUAAUAAGCGCAGUACUUAAAUCAGAUGUUUCUCUCGCCUUGAAAACAUUCCUGGGUAAAAUCCAUUGAGAUUAGCCGAGUUAAUCUACUUUUUCCGUGCUUAAAAUCUCUGCCGCUGAAUUCUAUAAAUAGAAACUAUUAACAUCGCGGCAGUGUGAUUGUGCGCCCUCCCACUUCACACCAUGUCAGGAAGUUUUACGAAGAGGGAGGGCAGGGCGUGUGGUAAGAAGAAUGGCCAAAAUGACGUCACGUUUUCCUGGCAAUGCCUCUUGCCAGACCAGUCAAACAUUGGGAAAGCAUCUUUAAUUCAGACAACGUUAGAACUAGAAUGAAAUGGCCAGGGCCAUUGUGCUCACCUCAUGUGGAGGAAAGAUGGAUAAAGAGCAUGGUCUUGUGUCAUGUAGUGUUAGGUUUGAUGUAGGUCCAAGCAAUUACAAUUUCCCCAGAAUGGCCAAUUUACAGUACAUUCGACCUCUGUGACCUUGAAAAGUAGGUCAAAUCAAAGAAGACCCGGGUGACACAUUGAAUGGAUGUUA